CGUCGUCUUCUCGGGCUUGAUUUUUGGGUUCCGAAGAGCAGAAAUUGUGAGAAGUGCUUUCGAGGCCACUUUCCCGCCGCUGAUCGCCAGCCCUCCGUGGACAAAUUUCAAAAAAUGCUUCCACGGAGAGUGGAAUGAACCACGAUUGAUAUCUUUUGAUGAUGGCCACCCAAAAUUCCAUUCUUCUUUUCGGACUCUCGCCACCAGGAGGUUGGCAGACACUCGAAAGAUGCAGCGCUGAGAACGAGACACUAAAGGGCUUGCUACAUCAAAUUUCCCCAUUAAAACUAUCAGAAUACAGGAAAGAUGCUUUGGUCAAAGAGUCAAACCAUAGGAUUAUUCUCCGACAGGAUACCCCAACGGAGGGUGAUCCUGUUAACUCUGUCGUCCAUGAUUUGCUCGCUUGGCUUUCGCGGUGUUCAUGCCUUUUCCGUCAUUCCAACAAGUUCAGUAAAAGCAAGCAGCAGAGCCACUGCAAAAUUUUUGCCAUGGAGACAAGGCACAAGAUUGAUGCAAACGGAUACUGAUGAUGACGAUUGGAUGGAAGACGAUGAGGUACUGCUCGAACGAGUUCCCCAAUCUCAACUGCAAGAUCUCUGCCAGCAACUCAACUUGACUACUGAAGGAACCAAAGAGGAAUUGUUGCUGCGACUACGAGCUCACGCCAAGCAACAAAUUGCAUCCGAACAGAAUUUACAAAGGGAUCGAAAAAUGCGUGUGGAAGCAGGGGGCAAUGAUGAUUCUCGAGAACGCCAUGAGAUUGUCGGUUCAGACAACUUUUUCGAGUCAGGCGAGGAAGAAGAAGGGUUCUUUUAUCUCGAGUUGCCCACGACAAUCCAAAAGGAAGGCAACCAAGAAAACAAUAAUAUCCAAAAGCAACAGCAACAACAAGCAAAGAAACACACACGAAAACCCGUUGUCACGCAAAGUGACGUACUCGCUCCGCCACCUCCUCCUCCCGGUACCCCUGUCAAUGAACAUGGGGAACGAAUUGUCACGGUCUAUUCCACAACUGAUCACAAUGAUCUGACAGGUGUGGCGGCAGCACAACCAGGUCAGGCAGCCAUGUCGGGAAUGGAUCCCAUGGCAGCUGGUUCCUCGUCUGAAUCUCAACCGUGGGAUAUGGAUCAAACCAACAGUCACAAGGUGGCAACAACUAGAGAAUUGGAACAAGCCAAGGAAACGGUGACCGAACUGGUCCAAACAUUGCUCGCCAUGACGGGGGCUCCCGCCUUUUCGCAUUUUGAUGUACCAGAGGAGCUGCUCGUCGAGGAUGUCAUGUCCAAGAGCAAGGACGAAUUGGAUUCGUACACGGCUUCGGUGGUGUCCAAGAACAACAAUAACAAUUUCGACAAAACAGCUACGUUUGGAUUUGAUCCUUCCAGAGUUCCUGGUCAUCUGUUGACCGAAGCAUCUCAGGCACUUCGAGCCAAUCGGGGACAAGUUUUGCAAGAAGUCUUGCGAGAGUUUGAAAUUCAGGCUGUAGGCCAAGACGGUAUGGCGGGGGACAAGGUAGAAGACGGCGGUGGUCACUUUAAGGAAGUGGCCAAAGUAAGAGCCUUUUUGGAGGGAUUUCGGCGCGCUCAGGUCCGCAAGGCUUCGAGAGAUACCGUGACUUUCCUCUUGGACAAGCUGGUGUCGGAAGGCGUCGAAGGGCUGGAUCUGACUCUGGCUACCAUGACGCGGAGCAAUGACGAUUCGGCCAGUGAGGUCGAUUCGUACGAGCUUAACGAUUCUCUCAUUAGCUAUUUGAGUGAUAUCAUUCGUGACCAGGAAAAGAAGGUCGACCGGCUGAAGAAUGGUCAAAUAAAGGAGGAGGCAGAGACCCGUACAGUCUAUGACGUGAACGAUGAUCCCAUCAAUAAGCUUUGGAACCAAACUACUGGAGACGACGGAGAGUCCAUCGAGUCUAUCAAUCCCAAGGAUCCAAAAGUACAGCAGAUCCUCCAGCAAGAAUUGAAAAGGGGAGAGCAGGGACAAGUGGCGAUUGAAAAUUCCAUUUUGGUUCACAACGAGCCCAUUCCAGAAACAGCACCUGAAAAGAUGCUGCUAUUGCUAGGCUUGCUCCGUGAGCGGUUAAAGACAGAAGCAGCGUUUGCCAACGAUGAACGAAGUAGAAACCUCCGAGUUUUGGCGUACUGUUUGAAAUGCAGGUCCGAGCUGGAUCAAGAAGAGUUGAUCAUGAAAGGCCUAGGAUCUUCGGUGGAUAAACUGGACUCUUUCUUGGAGCUCGUAGCCAGCUCAAUCGAGUAUGCUGAAAGCACCUCUCAUCAGCUCCAGCCAGCCAAGCACAUGCCCCUCAACGUGAAGGUCCUCAAGAGGAUCCUGAAGCUCACGGAAACCAUACGAGAAAAACGUGUAUGGAAGUCUGCCGGGCUUAAGCCUUAGCUCCGCGGUUCCUUGUUCCUUCCACCUUACUAAAAUAACUUGAUUUUGUCAGUGUGUGCUGCUCCGCUCCCAAAUAAAUAAAUAAUAGGUUGAGAGUCACUUCUGUAGGGUCCUUUCUUGGUACGCCAAAGCCAUGCUACCGGCCCCGGGCUCCCCACGAGGUGCCAUCUAUCGAGUCAAAGGGAACGGCACCAUGAAACGAAGGGAUCUGAUCUACAUGUACUUUUUAGAUGGACCCAGAGAAGGAAUUGCUGGAGUGGCCCAACUGGUUUGCUAUUCUAUUCCGUUUGCCGUACCCCGCGAAUAGCAAACCGCGCAAUAGUUUGACUGGGCAUUCCCUCUUCUAGCUAGCCAGAAAUUAUGUAGAAUGCCAUCAUGUUUUGCCAAGGGAAAACCCAGGUUUCUCGAGGUAAUAUGCAAUACGAUAAGCCAAUAGUUGCCUCGUUUAUUUUAGUCGAUUUAACAUUAGAUGAAUACUGGGGAU